CUUGUUGAUGAUUAUCGGAGUGAUCCAACCCCCGGGGCACAACAACGUCACCGACUCUGUUCUCGUGUAGUCAAAUACUUUAUUUUUCCUUCUCCCAAGAGGCUCAGCCCGGCCUUAUAUUAUCAUGGUGUUACUGGCGGCAGCAGUGUGCACCAAGAGUGGCAAGGCUCUGGUCUCUCGCCAGUUUGUCGAGAUGACCAAGUCACGCAUUGAGGGCCUCCUUGCCGCAUUUCCCAAGUUGAUGACUGGUGGGCGGCAACACACCUUUGUAGAAACAGAAUCAGUCCGCUAUGUUUACCAGCCUCUGGACCGACUGUACAUGCUGCUGAUCACAACACGUGCAUCAAACAUUCUUGAAGAUCUGGAAACCUUGCGGCUGUUUUCCCGUGUGAUCCCAGAAUACUGUCGCACUAUGGAGGAGAGUGAAAUUCUUGACAACUCAUUUCAUCUCAUCUUUGCCUUUGAUGAAAUCGUGGCACUUGGUUACCGGGAGUCAGUCAACUUGGCUCAGAUCCGAACCUUUGUUGAAAUGGACUCCCAUGAAGAGAAGGUGUAUAGAGCUGUUCGUGAAACCCAGGAGAGAGAGGCUCGUACUAAGAUGAAGGAGAAGGUGAAGGAUAUUCAACGAAAACGUUAUGAAGAAAUUAAGCGAGGAAGCAAGAAUCAAGGUUACUCAAGCGGCAACUCUGGAGGCUUUGGCCUAACUGGAGGGUUUGGAGGUGGUCCAGGAGUCUUCACAGCUCCUACAGAAAACAUCACAACAUCCACACAGGAGACAAGACCGUCGACCAUUAAGCCAGCUGGAUCCAACAGAGCCAUGAAGCUAGGUAGCAAGGCCAAAGAUGUAGACUCAUUUGUCGACCAAUUGAAGUCUGAAGGAGAGCGAGUUGUGUCUUCCUCUGAGUCUGUUUCCAAGAUGACUCCAUCCACAACUCCACAAAUAGACAUGGAACCAAUACACAUAGUGAUGUCAGAAGACAUAGUGGUGCAUGCAGGAAGGGAUGGAGGGUUACAGAACAUGGAAGUGCAAGGCAUCCUUAAGCUGCGCAUUACAGAGUCUGAACAUGGCUUUAUCAAGGUCCAGGUUGAUAACACAGAUACUAGACCUGUUCAGGUACAGACACAUCCUAAUGUGGACCGUGAUUUAUGGCGCUCAUGUGGACAGAUUGGAAUGAAGAUGUCCAACAAACCCUUCCCACAUAAUACUGAUGUGGGUGUUCUCAAGUGGCGCUUUCAAACAUCAGAUGACAGUCAUGUUCCUCUCUCCAUUAACUGUUGGCCUCAGGAGAAUGGUGCUGGGGGCUGUGAUGUUAACAUAGAAUACAACUUGGAGAAAAAAGAAAUGGAACUCAAUGAGGUGACCAUAACCAUCCCCUUGGCUUCUGGGGCUCCUCCACCAAUCGUCAAUGAAUGUGAGGGUGAACACGAGUAUGACCGUGCCCACUGUGCUCUGGUGUGGCGCAUUCCAGUUAUAGACAAGGCUGCUCCCACAGCAGCUAUGGACUUUACUGCUCGUGGUGUUCCUGAUAACUUCUUCCCAGUGCGUGUGAGCUUCAACUCUAAACGACCAUUCUGUGACCUUAAGGUGUUGGGUGUGGUAAGCACAUCUGAUGGGGCGCCCGUUACCUUCUCUCACGAAACGCAAUUGAAAACCAAUGUGUAUGAGAUAGACUAGAACUGGCCGCAGCUUCAUUAUGGUGCACAAUUGUUAGGAUGUACACGGAUCACGUUUCCCAAGUUACUUACCAGAAUGGCUGCUUUCUCUAGGCUCAUCUCAAGUGACCUAACAACAAAUCUUGGAUAUAUUGUACUGUACAUGUUGGUAAGGAGAAUGCUUGUUAUUAUUGGUGUAGAAAGUUUAAUGUAGCUUUUACUUUUGUCUUUAUUUUCUUGUAAAUUAGAUGUUCCCUGUGAAUCUUUCUUUUAUUCAGGAACAGUAACUUCUGUAGUAACCAUUUAAAGAGCAGAAUUUAUGCAGGGGUAUCAUUUGAUAGACAACUUUAACAGUACAGUACUGUAUUUUUUUAAGGACUUUUUACUAUACUGUGUAUCUUAUCAUUUAUCUAGAAAGUCAUGUAUUUGCAUUCCCAAUUUUCAAAGAAACUGUCUGUAUGACUUUUAGAUCAUUAAAUUCCAGUAAAUAUGAAGAAGUCCCACGGCACUUUGUGAUAAAGGUAUUACUAGUGAUCAUAGAGUUUUCCAUACUGAAUAUGCAUAAUUUAUCGUCAUCUGGGUGGAUUGAUUAUUAUCAUUACAACUGUAUAAGGUCUUGAAUGUUAUAGAUUUGCUUUUUAAAUUAUGAUGGCAGUUCAGUAAUCACAGCACAGUGGAAGAAAUUGACUUGGUAAAAAAGUUCUCCCUGUUGCUUCAGACUUAAGUAUUUCCUUGUUGAAACAUUGGCAGUCAGGAAUUUUAUGGGUUGUGCCAUUUAAUUUUAAUGUGGACUUGUUCAUUAUACAGUAGCUCAUUUUCAGUCAGUGAUUGUACUAAAAUAUAGGGAAAUGUUGAUUCUUUCUUUAUAUGCCUUCCAAACCAAUCGUAUAUUUAGAUCAGGAAUUAUAGUUAUCAGAUGCGCACCAACAGGACCACGAUUAGACCACAGUGUUACUCACUUUAUAGCAAUCUCGAAUGACAUUUUCCAUAGAAGCGUUCCUUUGUUAGGAUUAUGGGUGAACAGUGUAUAUAGCUGCAAAUUUUUCAUUAUCCAUUUGUCAUUUCUAUAAGAAAAUGUAAAGUUGGAAGAAAUGAAUACUGUUGGCAUAUUUAUUAAAUAUUGUUUUCAAUAUAUAUUCUGCAUUAAAGAGAUGAUAGAA